GCAGCGUGGCGCGGUGCGGCACGAUUAACGGUGUGGAAAGAACCACCGACAUAGCAGUCGAGUCUCGACCGUAGUGCGUUAUACUUCGUAAGGAUCCUUUAUUUUUCGUGUUUUCCUUACUCUUUCCAUUGUUCGCACACAUUCUUACUAACUACUUUUUACAUUAGGUCACGCUUCUAUACUACCUACACGCAUAUUACUACAACGUAUUACUACACACACACUUACGCUCUUACGCGUGCGCACACACGCGUGCGCACUUAUAUAUAUAUACGUAUAUAGGUAGAUUCAUACAUAAACACCAAAGAAAUUCUCCGGUUUCGCCCUUCCCGACUAUUCUCCUCAGCGAUUAUCCCUCCAUACUCUCUUGCCACCCGGCAAUUCCUGUUUCUACUGGAACAUCAGACAGAAAAUAAACGAAUCACUCUCGAAACGGAUCGAAUAACCGUGAUCAGCACGAACGGAACGGUCUAAAGAAAAAUAGGGAGAGAGGAUAUAAUAAAGUGAAUAAAAUGGUCUUGGCAGGAGGCAUAUUCCGUUGAUAAGGAUUUAUUACAUAGUAUUCUCUACUAUAUAGUAGAGUAAUUUACUUCUACACGUGUGUAAUUCUAGAAGGAAGCUAUUCGAGAACAAGCUAUUCAUUAGCACAUUAAUUUCCUAAAAAGGACAAACAUGGAUCCAUACUCAUUAAGGAAGGAUGAUGGGUGGUGGUGGUGGUGGUGAUGGCAGCGUUGAUCACUGAAAGAUGCAAGAUAUCAGGGUGUCGUGAAACUACUAUCGGGGCUGUCUAUAGUAUGAGUCCUAUAAGUAAUAUGGCUGUCCAUGGAUGAGAAAGGAAGAUAAUAACAGUGCAAUUGCGACUCUCAAUGCGAAAAAGAGAGAGUACGGAUAAUAAUCAAUGAAUGCUACGGAAUGGCGUGCGACAAUAUGUAGUGUCGAACGCGAAGCAUCGAAGAACAUCGAGGAAAAUGAGAGAGAAUGUUUCAAAGAUGCAAUCGUAUCCUGUCGGAGUCUCAAUAAGAAUUUCGUCGAAUCGACGAAUCUUAAAAAUGCUUUUCGCGAGAUCUCGGCAUGCAUCAUCUCAGCUACUUUCCACAUAGCAUUGGGUCUCAGUAUGGCGUACUCGGCAAUUCUCGUACCACACCUUGAGGCUAAAGACGCGGAAAUACCAGCAACGAAGAAGGAAACUGCUUGGAUAGCUAGCGUGGUGGUAUUAUGCGUACCGGUCGGUGCAACUUUAAGUGGUUUCCUAAUGGAAACGAUUGGAAGGUUAAAAACAUUGCAAAUCGGUGCUAUUCCUUGUAUUAUAGGCUGGGCUUUGAUAGCUUCCUCGACGAAUUUAUCAAUGCUUUUAGUCGGUCGACUAUUAACAGGGAUCUCGUCUGCAAUGGGUAGCUCACCUGCGAUAGUUUAUAUAACAGAAGUAGCGAGGCCAGAAUUAAGAGGCUCGAUGAUAUCUUUCGGACCAACUCUUGCUUCCUUCGGUAUGCUUCUAGCAUAUUUGAAAGGUGCUUAUUUACAUUGGCGUCUAGUCGCUUGGUUGAGCAUCAUUUACGCGGUUGUUCCAAUCAUUUUGAUUCAAUUCUUUGUCCCGGAGUCACCGGUUUGGCUCGUUUCAAGGGGACGAUUCGAUGACGCGAGAAAAGCUUUAGAAUGGUUGUACAAAUCCGAUGAGAAACAAGGUACCGUCUCGCUCGCAGAAGCACAAUUCGCAAUGAUCAUGAAAGAAAAUGAAAUCAAAUUAAGCGAACAACGAAGAAGUAAACAUGGCAACGCUUUUACUAAAUUACGUGGUUUCCUUAAACCUACCGGAUGGAAGCCCAUGACUAUACUAUUUUUGUUCUUCUUGUUCCAACAGUUUUCAGGAAUUUAUAUCACCCUCUUUUAUGCUGUCACAUGGUUUCAGGAUGUUGGUGCCGGUGUAGACGAAUACCUAUCUUCGAUCCUAGUAGGUCUAACGCGGUUUUUGUGCUCUAUGGUAAAUACUUGGCUUCUUCGUCGAUUCAAAAGAAGACCGUUGUGUAUAAUUUCUUCGUUGGGAAUGGCAACGUGUAUGAUUAUUUCCGGUUAUUUCACUUUAAGAAUUCAUGAGGGUGAUCGAAGCGGUUAUUGGGUACCAAUCGUAUGUCUUUUGCUUUACGUUUGCACGUCUAUGGUUGGUAUGUUGACUAUACCCUGGACCAUGACCGCUGAAUUAUUCCCAACAGAGAUUCGAGGAAUCGCUCAUUCUAUUAGCUACUCCAUGGCCAAUUUACUUAUGUUUGCUGCACUUCAAAGUUACCGAAGUCUUCAAGACUUUUUAGGAGGUUCUUAUGCCGGCCAAUGGUUCUUCGCGGCCGUUUCCUUGGCAUCUACGUUCUUUGUUUUACUGAUGCUACCUGAGACACAUGGUAAAAAGUUGUCGGAAAUCGAGGAAUAUUUCCACAAUCAUUUCCUAGCAAUCAGUUUUACUAAUUCGAAAUCGAAUAAGAAACGUAGACAGAAUAGAUCAUCACAACGAAACACGAACAUAGCUGCGAGUGAACCGCUCAACCCAAAAACUGUACCGAAUGUUUAAUUUUAGUUCGUUUCUUCGUAUUUUCGGUUUUAAUCGUGAUGAUUUAUCAUUCUUAUUAUUUUAUCUUCAAAUCAUAAAUAUUUAGAUAUGUAUUUAGGUAUGUAGGUAUGUAUGUAUGUAUAGAUAUAAGCACAUACUUACGUAUCUCACGUGUAGGUAUACAAACUGUAUAAUAAUAUCAAUUCAAAUUUAGGAAGAUAACCAAGAUCUAUUUGCCGUUUAUAUAAUGGCAAAAUUACGAACACGAAACGUUUAAUAUGUACUUAGAAAAAAAUAUUACAAUUCAGUUUAUAAAUGCGAUUAAAACGUAAUAGUUUAUAUCUACAUUUUAUUUUUAUUACUUAAUAUGAAAGUUGAAAAUGAUUUUAAAAACAUAAUAAUUAUUAUUAUUAUCAUAAAAAUCGAAUAAUCAGUUAAUUCAAUUUCAAGAUGUUAUCAAUUACGUGCAACAAUUACUAGAAUAACAUGAGAAAGUAUACAAAUGCAGAGAAUGUGGGAUGAUUUAAUAUGUAUAUGUAUGACAUCCAGAAGAAAAGAUAAAAAAAAAACAGUAUUAGAGAUAAAGAAAUACCACGGAAUUAUUAAUUUUUGUAAAAGUAUCAUAACGAGGGGAGGGAGAAAAAAGUCAUGAAUUUUGAAAAAAUUUAUACGAUAUGAAUAACUUUAUGGACAGUGCCUUAAUUCGUAUCUACAAAUAUUUUCUAACGAAUUGAUAAUAUUACUCAUAGAUCUGAUCUAUGUAUACUUUCUUUUUAUUAAUUUUUGAAGACUAUUAACCUCUUGCCCUAUAACAUCACGGGAAACUCGUAGUAAAGAAAAUAAAAAUUUAAAUAUAUUAAUUACACGGAUGAAAGCCACGCAACGUCGAUCGGGCCUAACAUAAACAACACAUUCCAGAUUCGUGAUUUGUUGCUAUAAUUUAUGUUAAUAUGUCAUAAGACGUGUGCGAUUGCCACAACCUCGAAUUCCUAUCCGAAAUGACUCAACUUGUGAUGUGAACUUAUUGAUGAUUAUGGCACGCAUCAUUGGAAUUCAAAUCAUAGGGCAAGAGGCUAAAUAAUGUUAAAUAUAUAAUAAAACACAUGCGACGUAUUAUGAUAUGUAACGAAUAAUAUUACUUGAUAUCUCGAGUUAUAUACUUUUUUUUUUCUUCUUUUUUUAUUUGAGUACGAAUGAAACGUGUGUGCAAGUAUGUUUGUAUAUAUAGAUAUACACAUGUAAAACAUUGCAUAUUCUUUUUUUUUUAAACAAUGAAUGCAAUUGUUAUUAAUAUAGUGAUAAAGAACCAAGUUUUUAAGAGAAUAAGAAAAUAAAUAUAUA